CCAUUCCAACGCCCAACGAACUGAUGGUCAGUCCGUCCUCGCCAGAUGAACUACGACUCACUCCCCAUAUCUUUCAUUGUCUCUCUUACGUGGGUUGGUUUGAGUUUUAAUGAGAGAACUUCGUUACCUCGUCGUUGCGUUUCUUCUUCUUGGAGCUCUGCAAUGGAAUAUGAUUAAUGGCAGAGCCUUCUACGGAGACUAUUCGAAGCUGUCGGGGAUUAUAAUCCCAGGUUAUGCUUCCACGCAGCUCCGAGCUUGGUCAGUCUUUGACUGCCCUUACUCUCCUCUUGAUUUCAAUCCACUUGAUGCCGUCUGGCUUGAUACCACCAAAGUUCUAUCUGCUGUAAAUUGUUGGCUUAAGUGCAUGUUGCUAGAUCCUUACAAUCAAACUGAUAAUCCUGAAUGCAAAUCUCGACCCGAUAGUGGUCUUUCUGCAAUUACAGAACUUGAUCCAGGUUACAUUACAGGUCCUCUUUCCUCCGUGUGGAAAGAAUGGGUAAAGUGGUGUAUAGAAUUUGGAAUUGAGGCGAAUGCAAUCAUUGCCGUUCCUUAUGAUUGGAGACUGUCAGCUUCAAUGCUUGAGGAGAGAGAUCUGUACUUUCACAAGCUAAAGUUGACCUUUGAAACCGCACUUAAACUUCGUGGGGGACCAUCAUUAGUUUUUGCCCAUUCUUUGGGAAACAAUGUUUUCCGCUAUUUUUUGGAGUGGUUGAAGCUGGAAAUUGCACCUAAAGGGUAUAUCCAAUGGCUUGAUGACCAUAUCCAUGCUUAUUUUGCAGUUGGGGCCCCUCUCCUUGGUGCUACUGAGACAGUUAGAGCAACACUUUCUGGUUUUACAUUUGGUCUUCCUGUUUCUGAGGGAACAGCGAGGUUGAUGUUCAAUUCAUUUGGUUCUUCAUUAUGGAUGAUGCCAUUCUCAAAGUAUUGUAGGACAGAUAAUAUAUAUUGGAAACGUUUUUUUGAGGGAAAAGGGGCAGCUCAUCACACGUAUCAUUGUGAUGAGAUGGAGUUUCGGUUAAACUACUCUGGGUGGCCGACUGAUAUUAUAAAUAUUGAGAUCCCUGCAACCCAAGGUGCUGAAGCCUACCCGUCACUUUUAGAAAUGUCACCGGCUAACCUGUCUAGCAUGGAAUGUGGCCUCCCUACUCAGUUGUCUUUUUCUGCUAGGGAAAUAUCUGAUGGAACCUUCUUCAAAGCAAUAGAGGAUUAUGAUCCAGACAGCAAAAGGCUUAUGUAUCAACUAGAAAAGUUGUAUCAAGGAGAUCCAGUGUUGAACCCACUUACACCCUGGGAUAGACCUCCACUGAAGAACAUAUUUUGUAUAUAUGGAGUAGAUUUGAAGACUGAAGUAGGUUACUAUUUUGCACCAAGUGGCAAACCAUAUCCUGAUAACUGGAUCAUAACUGAUAUUGUGUAUGAGACUGAAGGAGCCCUUUUCUCAAGGUCAGGGAAUCUAGUUAAUGGGAAUCCUGGAUUUACUAGUGGGGAUGAGACGGUGCCAUACCACUCCCUCUCAUGGUGCAAAACAUGGCUGGGGUCUAAAGUGAACAUAACGAGGGCUCCGCAGUCUGAGCAUGAUGGAUCUGAUGUACAAGUGCACCUGAAUGUAGAGCAUCAUCAUGAUGCAGAUGUAGUUCCCAACAUGACAAGGGCUCCUCGGGUUAAGUAUGUAACCUAUUAUGAAGAUUCUGAAAGUAAUCCAGGAAAAAGGACAGCAGUUUGGGAGAUUGAUAAAGCAAGCCACAGAAACAUUGUCCGAUCUCCAGUUCUAAUGCGAGAGUUGUGGCUCCAAAUGUGGCAUGAUAUUCAUGCUGAUGCUGGAUCAAAAUUCGUAACAAAAGCUAAACGUGGACCCUUGAGGGAUGAUGAUUGUUAUUGGGAUUAUGGAAAAGCUCGGUGCGCCUGGCCUGAGUAUUGUGAAUAUAGGUAUACUUUCGGAGAUGUUCACCUUGGACAGAGUUGCAGGUUAAAGAAUUCUUCGUUUGAUCUCUUCUUGCAUUAUAUGUAGAUCAUAAGGUGAACACUUUGAAAUGAAGUUAAAUCAAAUUCUUCCUCAUGAAUGGCCUACCAAAUGGAAAAGUGAAAAAGAUUAUAAAGUAUCUGAUUGGAAAAAGAAAAGUGAAGUGAUGCAGUACAGGCUUGAUAGCCUACGAGACCCUGCAGGUUAUGGGUCUGUGGAAGUAAAACCAUGGAUAAACUACAGUUGCUAGGGGAAGCAAGAGGGCCAACUUGAUUAAGAGAUUUAAGAGUGAGAUUUGAAUGGUGUACUAUGAGCCUACACACACGUGACCAAGGAGUAUUGCCAACCAAUGCCCUGGCCCCCUGGGGCUCCUCUUCGGUCAUAAACCCAAGCUUGCUGAUCCUCUGGUAUUUUACAGAAAUGAAAAAGAACCAUGUCUUUUCAGGUUCCUGGUAAUUAGUCAGCGAGAUGCUACAUGCUUGCGAAAGGGAUGGGAAACCAUACA